AUGGGCAUUCUAGAAAAAAUCGCUGACAUCGAGGCUGAAAUAGCUCGCACUCAAAAGAACAAGGCAACAGAGUAUCAUCUGGGCCUGCUAAAGGCCAAAUUGGCUAAAUACAGAGUCAUGCUGCUCGAGCCUACCAAAUCGGGUCCAAAGGGUGAAGGCUUCGAUGUCGUGAGAAGUGGUGAUGCUCGAGUGGCUCUUAUUGGGUUUCCCUCUGUUGGAAAGAGUACCCUUCUUUCAAAAGUCACGGGAACCAAGAGUGAGGCCGCUUCAUACGAAUUCACAACAUUGACGUGUAUACCAGGCAAGAUACAACACGAAGGUGCUGAAAUACAGCUUUUGGAUUUGCCUGGAAUUAUAGAAGGCGCUUCUCAAGGAAAAGGUCGAGGUCGACAAGUCAUUGCUGUUGCUAAAACGGCAGACUUGAUCUUGAUGAUGUUGGAUGCUACAAAGGGAGUUCGUCAACGGGAGUUGUUAGAAAAGGAACUCGAAGCUGUCGGUAUCCGUAUCAAUUGCGGCAAACCAAAUAUAUAUUUCAAGGCAAGUAAAGAUAGAUUCGUCAAGAAAGGAGGUGGAAUAUCCUUCAACGCAACCUGCAAAACUACCUACCUUAAUGAACGCAUGGUGUAUCAGAUUUUACACGAUUACAAGAUCCACAACGCCGAGAUCUUGCUGCGAGAAGAUGCCACCGUCGAUCAAUUCAUUGACUGUAUUGAUCAGAUAUCAAUUGAAGAGGUGGAUAGGCUUGCGCGACUGCCCAACACGGUAGUCGUGUCUUGUGAAAGUGACUUGAAUAUCAAGUAUCUGAUAUCUCAAAUAUGGAAGCAGCUGGAUUUGAUGAGAGUUUAUACCAAGAGACGAGGAGAAUUCCCAGACUUUUCAGAUGGAAUCAUUGUCAAGAACAGUUGCACAGUCCAAGACAUUUGUACACAGAUUCAUAGGAGUCUCGUGGAUGAGUUUGAAUUCGCACUGGUAUGGGGAGUCUCCCCCAAGCAUUCUCCUCAAAGAGUUGGGUUGUCGCAUGUACUACAAGACGAAGACGUCAUUCAAGUUGUCAAGAAACGUUAA